AUGCCAGCAGUUGAGAAGACGCAGGCUACGGAGGAUGCACCGGUUGAUAACGAAGCCCCGCCCAAUGGGGGAACCCUGGCGUGGAUGCAAGUCGCUGGUUGCUUCGCACUUUACCUGAACACAUUAGGCCUUCUUAAUACCUUUGGAGUUUUCCAAACGUAUUACGAGACGACUCUGCUCAGUAACAGCUCGCCGUCAGCGAUAUCUUGGAUUGGAUCGACCCAGGCCUUCUGCUUGAUGUCGAUCGGCGUCUUUAUCGGACCUCUGUACGAUGCAGGUUACUUUCGUGCGCUGCUGAUCGCCGGAACCUUCCUCGUUACCUUUGGGUUUAUGAUGACUAGUAUAAGCUCAGAGUACUGGCAUGUCUUCCUUGCUCAAGGUAUCGCCAUCGGCCUUGGUACUAGUUGUUUGUCUAUACCGUCCAUCGCUUUGGUGCCUAUGUAUUUUACACCUCCGAAAAGAGCUUGGGCAAUGGGCGCCGCAACUAUGGGUAGCGGGCUGGGCUCAACGGUCUAUCCGAUCAUGUUCCAAGCGCUUUUAGAGAGGAUCGGCUUCGCUUGGACUGUAAGAAUUCUGGGAUUCAUCUCGCUUGCUUUCUGCGUCUUUGCCAUUAUCGUUACGCGACCGCGUUACAAGAAGGCAGUGGUGACGGGCCGGUGUAUGGUAAAAGCACGUUCAUUGGGCACCAUUAUACGAGAAGCAAGGCUGGGAGAGAGGAGCUACCUUAUAUACGUGGUUGCGGUGUUUUUCAACAACCUCGCCUUCUUCGAGCCGCUGUAUUAUAUCGAAACCUAUGCCACUUCGCACGGUAUGGAAAGCAUGGCGGUUGCAGGAUACUUGCUAGCCAUUCUCAACGGUUCUUCGAUGUUCGGACGACUGGUACCGUCGGCCAUGGCCGGUCGCCUCGGGACAGUUAAUACGUUUAUUAUAAUAUACCUCCUCAGCGCCGUGAGCGUGUUCUACUGGAUCAGCGCCACCAACACCGCGGGAAACAUAGCAUUUGCUGUGCUAUACGGUUUCUUCUCUGGGGGUGUGGUGGCGUUCCAGCCAGUUGUGUUAACUUCAAUCACGGAUGAUUUUGCCUACCUAGGUACUCGUCUUGGCGCUUUGUCUAUCAUGAAAGGGAUUGGAUCUUUAGCAGGUCCUCCAAUUGCCGGCGCUAUACUGGAGACGUCUGGUGGCUAUCUUGGUGUACAAUUAUUCACAGGAUUCGCAAUCGUGCUUUCUGUCGGGUUUGCAACAGUACUGAGAUUUAUGUUGGGAUCAAAACAGGCCGCCAGAUAG